GCUACGUCAAAAAAAAGAAAACGAUUUGCUCGCAGCGCAGCUCGCCUCUAACUACCGGAGCCAUUUAUACAUUACGACCACGUGUACAGACGAUGGAUAUACGUAGCUAUUAAGUUGUCUGCCUUUGUAUCCUUUUGUAGCAUUUGGAUACAACAAGUGCUUGGUUUUACGGUGGGAACAUUAUGAAAAUACAGUGACAAGAGCAACAUAUUUCAAGCAGUUUCACCAGAACCUCCUACAUCAGGAUGAAGGAACGAACAGACACUCCUCAAGAUCGGGGCUGCUUGGUGGGAAUCAGUUUCUUCAUUCUGGGCCUGGGAACAUUGCUACCAUGGAACUUCUUCAUGACUGCUUCAUUGUAUUUCCAAGGUCGUCUGAACACAACAGAAUGGAGCAAUGGCACAGUGGUGGUCCGCAAAGAGUACUACUUCAACAACUGGAUGACCCUGCUAUCCCAGCUGCCCCUGCUGCUGUUCACCCUGCUCAACUCCUUUCCUGUACCAGAGGUCAGUGAAGCGAUGCGUAUCGCAGGUAGCCUCGUUUUUAUCCUGCUGCUCUUCAUCCUCACGGCAGUGCUGGUCAAAGUGCCCAUGGAGGAAGAUCGCUUCUUCUCCGUUACCAUGGCUACAAUCUGGUUCAUCAACUCGUUCGGAGCCGUGCUGCAGGGCAGUCUGUUUGGACUUGUGGGCCUGCUGCCUCAGAAGUACAGCACCAUCUUCAUGAGCGGCCAGGGCCUUGCCGGGACCUUCGCUGCCAUCGCCAUGCUGCUAGCCAUAGCCAGUGAUACAGACUCUGAGACCGCAGCGUUGGGUUACUUCAUCACACCAUGUGUGGGGACAGUGGUCACACUCUUAAGCUACGUGCUUCUACCUCGCUGGGAGUUUGCUCAAUAUUAUCUGAACAAAAACAGCAAGUACGAGCCAGGGACAGACGAGCUGCUGAAAGAGAGCAGCACAGUGGAGAAUGGCAAGCUGAAUGGCCAUGCUAAUGGCUCCGUGACCAUCAGCACAGUGAAUGGCAGCAGUCCAGCUGAAGACGAGGUGGAACCCAGUCCAGACGAGACCAAGCAGGCCUUCCUAUCACUGGAGCAGGUGGAGAGGAGACAAGCCAAAGCCUCUGUCAUAGAGGUCCUCAAAAAGAUCAAGGUGAUGGCGUUCUGUGUGACGUUUGUGUUCACAGUCACUCUGUCCGUCUUCCCCGCUGUCACUGCAGAUGUCAGAACAUUAUACCCAGGAAAAUGGGAGCGCUUCUUUCUCUCAGUGUGCUGCUUCUUGAUGUUCAACCUCUGCGACUGGUUCGGUCGGACCAUCACCACCUUUAUACGUUGGCCUUGCAAAGAGUCUCGUCUGUUCCCGGCGCUGGUCGUCUCCAGGGUGGUGUUCAUCCCUCUGCUGAUGCUCUGUAAUGUCCAGGCUCGCUCCUUCCUCCCUGUCUUCUUUGCCCACGACGGUGCUUUCGCCUUCAUCAUGGCUCUCUUCUCUGUGUCCAGUGGCUACUUUGUCUGCCUUUCCAUGUCCUACGCACCACAGUUAGUGGAGCCAAAGGACGCAGAGACUGCAGGAGCCCUGAUGACCUUCUUUCUGGCCCUGGGUCUGUCUAUAGGAGCGGCCCUGUCCUUCCCUCUGAGAGCUCUGGUCUAGUCUCUCUCUCUCUCGCACACACACAUAGUAAUAGUAAUAGUCGUGCAUAGACACUGUAGGAUACUCACACUCCUGGAGGUGCAAAUAUGAUAAAUAGUUUAUCAUCAGUGCGUCCCCUCCUGGACCAUCUUUUCCGUUUAGUUUUUUCCCCACUCGUGUGUCGGGUGCUGUGUGUUACAGCCUGACAGACGUGACAACCACGGACACUGAGUGACACUGUAAAUAAACACAGUUAAUGAAGUGGUAUUAACAAGGAAUUCCCUUUGGAAGAAGGAAUAAGGGAAACACAGUUUGUUACUUUGAAUAACUGCUGGUAAAUUUACCUGCUACCUGAAGAAGGAAAGAUUUCCUCUGUACAGUUAUCACAGGAGAGUAUUUCUGUUUGUAGGUAGUUUUGGGGCAUUAUAGCUAAUCAUAUGUAGAUAAAGGGAAACCUUAGAAAAACUGAUACAUUUCAUUUCCAUGUGCUGCAACCAGGACUGUAACAUACAAUUACUUGUUGAAUUUGUUUACACUCCAUUCGUUUGGUUUUGCUGGGAGAUUUUUUUAUUUGAUGGUUUGAAUGAUUAGAGUGGAUCAACUUUUUGUUAGAAUAAUUACAUGAGGUAUUUUUGAUGUUAGGAUUAUUUUGUAAUCUCUAAUGAAAUAGCUCUAGGGUACAGAUUUGAACAAAGCAUUUGUUGUAAUGUAAUGUAAAUUACCCGUGCAAGGUUAAUGACCUGCCUCACAGGUAUGAAUGGAUAAGUGAAUGGGCCAAUGGGGCACAGGCCCAAGGGGUCCAAGGCUUCAGGAGGCCCCCGGGCUGAAGCCUCAAAGAUUCAGAAUGACCACAACGAGACAGAGUUCCAGUUUUUCCCCUUUACAAACCUGCAGCACCAGUUGUCUCCAGUGCUCUCUCCAGGUUCUUUAGAUUACUGCUGCCACCUACUGGUCAAAAGGUCCAGUUUCUUUUUUUUUUGGGUGGGGGUGGGGGGCUAAAAACAUCACCAUUAAACACGACAGACUGCUGUGCUGUGACUCCGUCAGGACACACACUGACUGACAGGGAGUAGAAAUGGACUUCCCAGCACCUCCCGACACUCGGUUGUAUUUUUGGUGACAUGUCAGGGUUCAGGUCAGCAGGUUACGUUACUGACAUGACCCCGGGCUGACAUGGAGUCUAAACUAUGAUGCAUCCCCUGGAUCAAUACAAAAAGUAGGUUUACUUUGAAUUAGUUUUAACUCUCAUUUCAAAGCCUCUCCUGAGAGCACCUGGCAGCUGCUGUUUUCUUGUUCAAUGUACCAGCGUAGUGACUGUUGUUACUGUAAGCCAUUAAAAACAAUCUAAUCAGAUGUAAAUAUUAAUUAUUGUGAAAAAAGAGAAAUGGUUCUGCAAAUGCUGAGUAUUUUUUCUGUUAGAUAUUGCGUAGAUAUUUCCUGUAUAUGUCAAAUAAUAUUGGGUUUUUUUAGACGUUGCUACCAAUGUGCCAUGCUCCAGCAACAUUGGCAAUUUCAGUUGUGUUGGGAUGUGUUUUUUUUUUUAACAUUUAGAAAGUAACUUAUUGCUCCAUUCUGGUGUCACAUCACAAUCUAUGUAGAUUUAAAAGAAGCCUUGAUUUUUCCAGUUCAUUAUCCACGUAUGUGUGUUUAUGUUGUUUUUGAUUUUUCUGACUGUAAAUGAAGAGCUUGAUGGAUGGUUGUGUGUGUGUGUGUGUGUGUGUGUGCGUGCUGUGUGAGGUGUCAUGUACAUGUCAAUGGAGAAAAUAAGUUGUUGUGACAGCUGCUCCUUCAAAACCAACCAAGGGCUGAGUCCUGAUUAAUUGGAUUUUCUUCUUUUUAAAAUGUGACUUGAUUUACACCACAUUCACAUCAAAUGGGAACUGAACAUACAGUACAUACAAAGAAGUAGUUGUCAUGGCGAUUAUCAAUAUUUAAAAAUGUUGAGUUCACUGCCAAUCCCAAACUUCAAAUGUAGCUGAUGCCAACUGAUGUGAACAGCAUGUUAACGUAGGGAGCUGAAAUGCACCACAUUUCCCUACAACCUGUCAAUGCAGCAUCAGUAAUAGAGAUGUCUGAACUCUGGGAUCCUAAUGUAUAAUAUAAAACCAUGUUGUGCUUCAAAAUUACAAAACACACAUGGGUCAGAAAAACUGAAACUUAUUAGUUUAAAUGUUUCUACUUCUUAAUAUUUUGUAUAAAGAGUGCAAAUGAAAUGAUUAGAUAUGAGUUCACAGGCAGUGUACAGUGUGUAGAUGGCAGGUAUCCUAAGCUCUGUCACAAUCAGCCUUAAUGAUAAUAAAACCCUGUUUAUGAUCAUGUUGUGUUUGCAUCACAUUGGACUGACAGUAAACACAAGCUGCUGCCGUCUGCCUCCUUGUAAUUAGCCUGUGCUCGCUUCUAACUGCAGAUGUGUCAACAUGGAGCAGCAGGAAGUCCUCCCACAGUAACACUCCGACUAACUCGGUGUCAACAAAACAGCAUGUUUUUUUUUGUCCGUGCUUUCAAAGCAAAAACAUCCUGUUUGUGUUUUCUCAGUGCGACCACAACACUGAUACUUAAUGUGAUCCAUUACAUGCAUUUCACCUGUGCUCCAUACAAAGACUCUGGCAGAAAAGGAUACAGGGGUUCUGAUUAAACCACCAGACCAUGUUUCAAGAGUUACAGUAAAGGGAAUUCAUGCCUAUGCAUGUUUGUAAUAUAUCUGUAUAGAGUUGGCACUUAAUAAAUGGAUGGUUACAAGCA